AUGACCAAGAAGAAGCGUCAUCACCCCGACGUCGAGGAGGUCCUGGCGCGACCCUGGUGCUACUACUGCGAGCGCGAUUUCGACGACCUCAAGAUUCUGAUCAACCAUCAGAAAGCGAAGCACUUCAAAUGCGAAAGAUGUGGUCGAAGAUUGAACACCGCAGGGGGUCUCAGUGUCCACAUGAGUCAAGUCCACAAGGAGAACCUCACUGCCGUCGACAAUGCCCUUCCUAACCGAGCGGGUCUAGAUAUUGAAAUAUUUGGCAUGGAGGGAAUUCCCGAAGAUAUUGUUCAACAGCAUAAUCAGCGAGUCUUGACCAAUUUUCAUCAAGCUCAAGCUGAGCGACAAGCAUCCACUGGUAAUCUCGCUCAAGGUGUUCAGCACCCGAAUGCCCCGAAGAAACCAAAGAUUGAGUCCGUCUCCGAUAUCAAGAAACGCCUGGCUGAACACAAGGCCGCCAAGUUGGCGGCUGAGCAGGCGGAUGGAGGAAGCAGUGGAGGUGCCACUCCCAAUCCGCCUGCGGCUACUGCAGCAUCUCCAACCUACCCUGGAUAUCAACAACCAUAUGCAGCGCCUCCCACGAAUGGUUCGUACAGUCAGUCCCCUUCUUUCGCCCAGCCCCUAGCUGCUGUAUCUGCUCCAUAUCAGGCGCCGCCUGUUUAUCCUUCUGCCGGCUCCCCGCCUGCUGUCGGAGGUUACGGCCAACAUUCGACGUCUCCACAGCCUGGGCAACCAGGAUACGCGCAGACCCCAUAUUCUCAACAGCCAUACGCUCAACCACCGCAACCGUCCUUUCAGCCCCAGCAACCACCACCGCCCGUGGGUUAUCCUCCUCAGCCGAGUUAUUCCCCUUCCCAGUAUCAGUCACCGUACCCAAGCCAACCCUAUCCCCCCCAGGCCGGUGGGCCUCCGCGUCCGUAUGGGUCGGGAUCUCCAGUUCCAGGGUUUCCACAGCAGCCUCCAGCUCUCGCGCAACGCUCCCAUUCACCUGCUACAAACGGUAAUUUCCCUGCACCAGUUCGUACUGGCAGUGUAAGUCUACCUAGUGCUCCAGGCUUGCCACAGAGACCCGCUUUUGGUGCUCCACCAGUCAAUGCUUUCCAAUUUCAACAAAUGCAUCAAGGUCAGAUUCCUGCUCCACAAUCCCAUAACAUUGUGCCGCAGUAUGCUCCUGGACAAGCUCCAGGAAGCACAGUUACGCAACUUCCGCCCCAAAUUCUUGUACCGAACCAGCCUUCUGCUGUUGAAGCUCAAGACGCGUCCUCUCUUGAUGACCUGAUCGCAAAUGCUUCUAAACAGGCUGAUGCCGAUGCCGCCGCCGCCGCCGCCGCCAAAGGCGGAAUUCCACCAACUGCUACCCCAACCACCACCAAAGAUGAAGCCAGCGAAGACAAAGCUGGAUCGAGAAAAGACAAGGAGAAGGAGAAACCAAAAGCAACCAGGUUGGUCUACUCUGAUAACGAGACAAGUCCUGAAGAGAAGAUGGCCAUGUUGCCAAAGUACGCAUUUACUCCUGUACAGAAAACAAUUGUGGUCUAA